GUAGGGUAGGGCCAUACUCUUUGUUCGACUGUGGUAAUAACUUGUGCCCUUUCUCAAAGCUUUCUUUCGGCGGCGCGCCCGAUCUUGAAGAAUGUCCAAGUUCUGGGGCCGUAACAGCAGCGAUGAGGAGGAGGAGGAGACCACGGAGGAGGAGUCCUCCAGCGAGGAGGAGAGCAGCUCCUCUGAGGACGGCUCUUCCUCUGAAGAGUCCAGCUCUGGCUCGGGCUCAGAUUCGGACUCCGACUCCGACUCUGACGACGAGGGGCCGAACAAGUUCUUGGCUGGCUCGAGUGACUCGGACUCGGACGAUGAUCGCCGCGUGGUUAAGAGUGAGAAGGACAAGCGCAUGGGCGAGCUUGCUCAGACGGCAGAGGACAUCCGGAACAAGAUGAAGAUUAACGACUGGAGCACCAUCCAGGAGCUGUUCGACGUGCUUAACCAGCGGCUGGACAAGGCGCGGAAGUUCGUGGUUGGUCCCACUGCCCCUCGCGUUUACGUGAAGCUCCUUAUCGACCUGGAGGAUUUCCUGAAUGAAACCCUGGCUAACAAGGACGUUAAGAAGAAGAUGUCGCCGACGAACGCGAAGGCGCUGAACACCAUGCGCCAGCGCCUCAAGAAGCAUAACGUCAACUUCGCGGACCAGAUGGCCAAGGUCCGUGAGAACCCCGACGUGGACGACGAGGAGGAUGCGGGCGAGUCCGCUAGCAGCGAGAGCGAGAGCGGCGACGAGCGCGAGGAGCAGAAGGGCCAGCAGCAGCAGCAGAAGGCCAAGGACAAGCUGCUCACCAUGGACCCCAAGGAGAUCACCUACGAGAUGGUGGCGCGCAAGCUGCGCGAGAUUGUGCUGUCCAGGGGUCGCCGCGGCACCGACAAGCAGGAGCAGGUGGAGAUGCUGACCUACCUGAUCACCGUGUCCCGCGGCCCGGCGCAGCGGUUCGAGGUGCUCGCCCAGCUGACCAGCAGCCUCUUCGACCUCAACCCCGGCAUGAUGGGGCACCUGCAGACGGGGCUCUGGAAGAAGUGCGUCGCCAACCUGUUUGAGAUGCUGCGCAUCCUGCAGGACAACCCCAACAUCAAGGUGGACGAGGGCGCCGAUGCGCUGGAGGAGCGCACGGAGCAGCCGGCUGAGGGCGCGGAGGUGAAGGUGUGGGGCAACGUGGUGGCCUUUGUGGAGCGGCUGGACGACGAGCUGUUCAAGAGCCUGCAGGUGAUUGACCCCCACACGCACGAGUACAUGGCGCGUCUGAAGGACGAGCCGCUCUACCUGGCCCUGGGCAGCAAGGUGCUCGACUACCUGCAGAGGGUGGGCGACAACGUGGGCAGCCCCAAGGUGGCUCUCCGCCUGGUGGAGCACCUGUACUACAAGACCGAGGCGGUGUACGGCGCCAUGCGCAAGCUCACCCUGCUGCAGCAGCAGGGGCAGCAGGCGGCGGCUGCGGCUGCCGCGGCCACUGAGGAGGGCGAGGAGGGCGAGGACGCUGGCCCCAAGGUGGAGGUGCUGGUGCCCGCGGACUACCAGAUGGCGGAGAACUGCCACGAGCUGAUGCGGUCGCUGGUGGGCGGCGUGAUCUUCCGGCACGGGGACGAGCGCACCAAGGCGCGAGCCAUGAUGUGCUACAUCUACCACAAGGCCAUCCACGACGACUUCCACGGCGCCCGCGACCUGCUGCUGAUGAGCCACCUGCAGGACUCGAUCCAGCACAUGGACGUGAGCACCAUGAUCCUCUACAACCGCGCCAUCGCGCAGCUGGGGCUGGCGGCCUUCCGCGCGGGCCUCAUCCAGGAGGCGCACGCCUGCCUCAACGAGCUGUACGGCAGCGGACACAUCAAGGAGCUGCUGGCGCAGGGCAUGUCGAUGGGCAAGUACCACGAGAAGACCCCCGAGCAGGAGCUGGCUGAGAAGCGGCGCCAGAUGCCCUUCCACAUGCACAUCACGCUGGAGCUGCUGGAGAGCGCCUACCUGGCGUGCGCCAUGCUGCUGGAGGUGCCCAACAUGGCAGCCAACCCGCUCAACCCCAAGAAGAAGAUGAUCUCCAAGUCCUUCCACCGCAUCUGGGACACCUACGCGCGCCAGGCCUUCACUGGGCCGCCCGAGAACGUGCGCGACCACAUCAUGGCCGCCUCGCGCGCGCUGGCGCAGGGCGACUGGGCCAAGUCCUUUGGCUACCUGCGCGCGCUGAACGCGUGGAACCUGCUGCCCAAGAAGGAGGCGGUGCUGGCCAUGCUGCGCGGCAAGGUGCAGGAGGAGGCGGUGCGCACCUACCUGCUGUCGUACAGCUCGCAGUACGCCUCGCUGUCGCUGGACCAGCUGACGGGCAUGUUUGAGCUGCCGGACAAGCAGAUCUACUCGAUCGCCAGCAAGAUGAUGAUUGCGGAGGAGCUGCCGGGCUCGUGGGACCAGCCCACCCGCACCAUCGUGAUGCACUCCUCCGAGGCCAGCCGCAUGCAGCGCAUGGCCCUGCAGCUGGCGGACAAGGCGGCGGUGGUGGUCGACUUCAACGAGCGCGCGCUGGCCUACCGCACCGGGGGGCUGCGCGAUGCGGAUGAUGAGGGCGG